CCCCCGCUUACUUUAGUAAUGUAAACAAUACAGUAGGAUUGCGAUUGCAGUAGGUUUGUCCGUUAGUGUUACGCAUUUGAAAUUGAUUUUAUUUUAAGAAACGAAAAUGCCGAUGUCAACAUUUCAAAAGGUUACCCUUGUAUCGUGCCUAGUGCUGUGCGUUGCACUGCUCCUUCCAAAGAUGCUUCUGUCGCAAAGCAAAAAAGGCAAUACGCAAGCAGAAGGUGGACCGGGGCAUUAUCCUCCCAUGGUACGAAGACAGGUUGCUCCAGAGGCCAAGAAAGGUGGUGGAGGAGCACACUUCAAUCGCGCACACAACCCCGAAGCCAUUGCGCGCGCCAAAGGUGGCGGAGGUACUGGGGUGGCGCCUGGUGGCAAGUCCAGUUUCGCAGGACAGAUAGUUCCCAUUUAUGGGUUUGGGAUCCUUCUGUACAUCAUGUAUAUCCUCUUCAAGAUAACAUCCAAAGGAACCUCAAAGCCACCUGAAAGUAGAUUUACAGCAAUCAGAUCAGAGAACAUGAAACGAAAAAUCACUGACUUUGAGCUGGCUCAGCUCCAGGAGAAGCUGAAGGAGACGGAGGAAGUGAUGGAGAGGAUUGUCUCCAAAUCCAGCCCAGAGAGGAGGAUAAAGGGAGUGAGUGCUGACCAGGAGGAGACGCUGCUGUUCCAGCUGAAGGAGAUCACCCAGAUGAUGAACAAGGGAAGCCUGCUGGAGGGCAUCACUCCCGAGCAGACGGUCAACAGCCCAUGCCCGCAACACUGGGAAGACGAUGUUGAAGAAACUGACCCCAGACCAGCGAGUGGGUGCUGUCAGCAUGGUCACAGCCACGGCUACCAACACAGGCAAGACGAGUGGCUCGAGAGGCCAGAGGAUGAGGGAAUGGCGGACACAAUAGACAGAGACGAUGUCGAGACUUUGGGUACAGUUGGAGACAUAUGGCCUGGGGAGACUGAAGAGGUCAUAAAUGGAAUAUCUGACAACAGCUUAAUCAGAGCGGACACUGGAGAUCAUGAGUGUGUUUUGGAUGAUGAUGAGGAUAAAUUGGAUCAGUCAACCGACAACGAGGAAGGUGAUGUUGUUGGAGAACAUGUUCUGGAGUUCGAGAAGGCUGCGAUGGUCGAGGAACACAUCAGCGAGGAUGACCCAGUUUCAGAGCUGCAGUACGUUACAAAGGAUGAGGAGAACUGCUCCGUCUGGACUUCAGUCCUCUCAGAAUGUGAGUCCGCUUCAGCCCAGCUUAGGAGACGAAGCAAGAAGCCACCAAAGAGGAUCAAUUAA